AUGGCUUCAGAAAAAAUUAUGGAGAAAGGGAUCCGUCAAGAUUAUUCUAAAAGGCGAAAAGGCGGCUUCAUUGCCUUGCCAUUCAUCAUAGCAAAUGAGGCGCUUGAGAAGGUGCCAAGCUACGCGCUGGUGCCAAGCAUGACGUUGUACUUGAAGAGUAACUAUCACUUGACCAUUGCCGCAGUGCACAAUCUUAUCAACCAUUGGCAAGCUUUUAGCAAUUUCGCACCUAUUUUGGGUGCUUUCUUCGCUGAUUCUUUUAUGGGCCGAUUCGUUACCAUUGGCUUGGGCUCAAUUUCCAGUUUCCUGGGUGUGGCAAUUCUAUGGUUAACAACUGUUAUACCACAGGCAACGCCUCCUCCUUGUGACCACUUAGCUCAAAGCUGCAAAUCUGCAACAGCAGGCCAGGUGGCUAUCCUGGUUGCUGCCUUGUUUUUCAAAUCAAUUGGAGCUGGCGGCAUUAGGCCAUGUUCCAUGCCAUUUGGUGUGGAUCAGUUGAGCAACAAAAAUGAAAAGAUCCUGGAGAGCUACUUCAGCUGGUAUUAUGCUGCAGCAUCCCUCGGUGGUUCCCUUGGCUUGACGAGUGUCAUUUACAUUCUACAAAUGUAUGGGUGGAUGGUGGGAUAUGGAGUUUGCGCAAUUCUAAUGUUCCUGGCGACUGUGGCGUUUUACAUUGCUUCUCCGCUCUAUGUUAAGCGCAAAGCAAGCACAAGCCUCUUCACGGGUUUUGCACAAGUUCUUGUGGUUGCUUAUAAGAAUAGAAACCUCCCAUUUCCAUCAAAAGAUUCAGGUUACCAUCACGGAAAGGAUUCAGAGAUUACCGUGCCAAGUGAGAAAUUGAAGUUUUUGAACAAAGCGUGCAUAAUUAGAAAUGCUGAACAGGAGAUAGGCUCUGAUGGAUUGGCCUUGGACCCCUGGAGAGUCUCCACGGUGUGGAAAGUCGAAGAGCUUAAAGCACUUUUGAAGGUAAUACCAAUAUGGUCUACGGGGAUCGUUAUGGCGAUUGCUGGAAGCCAACACUCUUUUCCGGUACUCCAAGCCAGUUCCGUAAACAGACACGUUUUGGGAGGUUUCGAGAUACCGGCAGCCUCUGUAACCGUGUUUGUUUAUUGCACUGUAGUGGUUUGGGUUGUUCUCUAUGAGCGUGUCAUAAUUCCAUUGGCGUCAAAGAUAAAGGGUGAACAAGUAUACAUCAGUGUUCAAUUGAGAAUGGGAAUUGGGUUAUUCCUGUCCGUCAUAGCCUUGGGACUUACAGCAAUUGUUGAGAGUGCGAGACGAAGAAAAGCAAUCCAGGAGGGGCUCUUGAAAAAUCCUAUUGCAGUGGUAAAUAUGUCAGUAAUAUGGCUACUCCCACAGCAUAUCGUGAUGGGAGUAGCUGAGGCUUUUAGUACACUUGGGUAUUUCGAGUUUUAUCAUCGCGAGUUCCCUAAGACCAUGUCAAGUAUUGGUAAUUCCCUGUUCUUUCUGGCACUGGCAUUCGCACACAUACUGAGUAGUGCUCUGUUUAACAUUGUCAACAAGACUACUUCAAGAGGUGGAAAACCGAGUUGGGUUGCUGACAAUCUCAAUGAGGCUCGCUUCGACAAUUAUUACUGGCUUCUUGCAGGGUUGAGUCUUGUCAAUCUGUUGUAUUACAUCAUCUGUAGCAGGUCUUAUGGAUCUACGGCAGAAGUUAUUGAUGAAGGAUAUGAAUCAGAGGAGGAGUAACAAACCAGAGAGACCUC